CCAUACCUUGGGCUUGGCGGCCUAGAUGAUAGAGGAGUGUCCGCCCUUCCUGCGAUAGGAAACUGACGUAAAUGCACCAGAGCAGAGGAAUCUCGGGCUUAAAUUAAGCGCGUUUUCACCACUUUUUUUACUGAAACUACAUGUAUUUUUACAUUUUCGUUCCACAACGUAACCAGUUUUUGUUGCUUUAAAGCGGACAGUAAAAAAAAAAAAAAAACAGCUACCGAGAAGAACAGACGAGAGAAAAACGAGCAGUGGAUAACGUUGACCUGGGUUUGUCAUGGCUGAUCUGCUGAGGCUGCUGCUCCGGGUGGCUGAGAAAGCGGCCAAUGUGGCCCGGGUCUGUAGGCAGGAGGCUCAGCUUUUUCAGCUCCUCGUUCAAGAGAAGACUGGAGAUGACAAGAACAAGAAGUUUGUCCAGGACUUCAAGACACUGGCAGACGUGGUGAUCCAGGAAAUGAUCCGUCAUGAUGUUGGUGCACAGUUUCCUGAGAUGGCUGAUUUCAUUCACGGAGAGGAGUCCAACAAGUUUGAGAACGGCCUUGGAGAGAGUGUGACGGUCACAGUGUGUGGCACAGAGCAGGAGACCGCCGCGCUGCUCGGCACAGUGCUGGAUGGCGAUCACGUGGCGGCAUCUCUGCUUGCUCGAGCAAUCCACCAGGACCCAGUGACCAUCGUCGCCAACACUGACAGUCUGAAGGUGCCCCUUAGCCCCUCCGAGCUCGGCAUCUGGAUUGACCCUAUAGAUGCCACCAGUCAGUACAUAGAGGGCAGAGAGGAGGUGCUGGAGGAGGGACACCUCUUCCCUUCAGGUCUGCACUGUGCUCUGGUCCUCAUCGGGGUUUAUCUACGGAACACUGGUGAGCCUGUCAUGGGUGUCAUCAACCAGCCGUUCAACCAUAAAAUCCCAGAAGGUGGAGGCUGGAGGGGGAGGCACUUUUGGGGGGUGUCCUAUGGCAAUGUAAACGUGUGCUCGGAGUCUCUGCCAGCAGCUGGAUCAGGAGGGCGUCUGUCUGUGGUGCUGAGCUCCAGUGAGAAGCAGGUGGUGAAGGAAGCUCUGACGUCGCUGUGCGGCCCUGACAGGCUGAUGUACGCCUCUGGAGCCGGAUACAAGAUCCUGUGUGUGAUUCAGGGCCUGGCUGAUGUUUACGUCCUGUCAGAGGGGAGCACCUUUAAGUGGGACUCCUGCGCACCUCAUGCCCUGCUCCGAGCCCUCGGAGGAGGGGUGGUGGACCUUCGUAAGAGUCUACAGUCGAGCUCCAAAGCACAGGAUCAGCAGACAGAACUGACCUAUCACCAGCCAUACACUGAGUAUAAAGGAGCAAACCGCUGGGCCAACCAUGGUGGCCUGGUGGCUUAUAGAGACUGUUCUCAACUGUGCAGUGUCACAGGAGCUCUGAGAGGAAAGCUGUAGUCAGGGAGAGGUGGAUAUAAUCAGAGCAAGAUGAUGAGGUUGUUGCAAAUAUGAUCGUAUUCAUUUUUUUCAAUGUAAUUUAUAUGUGAGAGAAGGGUGGGGGUAAGGGAUGAAAUAUUUUACUUUUAAGUAAUCCUGUCUACUUUUUAAACUGAUAUAUUUGAAAGUUGUGUAUAUUACAAAAGUCCUGCCUUCGUUAAAUGUCUUCAAAGGGUUUCUUUAUGGUGGAGAGUACAAGUUUAUGGUUGGGUUGCAUAUUGAAAAAAGAAAAAAACAUAGAGCUAAAUGUGGCUGAAACAGCAUUUCUAAUAAAAGUACACAGGACUUGUGGUUCCAGGAGCUAGGGCUGCGUGAUAUGACUUUAAAUGUGAUGUGUGCGUUUUCAGUGGUCACAUCGCAGGAGGACCGGGAGCAUCAAGCAGAUUACCUGAAGCACAUCAUGCAGCUCCUUUUUUUUUUUGCCUUGAUGCAGAAAGCAUAAAACUGACAAUUUUCUCAUCUUUUAUAACUUUUCUAUAAAUAAUAAUGUCAGUCUGAUAUCACAUUACUGCAUCUCUUUUGAAAAGGUUUCUUUUACGGGACUGGACAUGCAGUCUGAAUGUUACUUUGAACGACAUAAGAAAUGGUGGACGACAUCCGAGUAACUCAACUGCUACCAAGAAGUCCAUGCUUUAUUCAGAGAUGUAAGGGUGGUUAAAGUGGAUAUGUUAGUAGUAAAGAGACUUUAAAGUUCCAAAUAAUAAAAAUUGUAAAAGCU